AUGACCACAAUGCCGAGACAACUGGAGGUCCAGAACUCGAUCCUCACUGGUGGGGACAGCUUUAACAUGUGGCACGACUACCUGAAUCUGAGCCAAGUGUUCGAGAAACUGUGCAGCAACCGUGAGGUUGAUAACCGAGACACCGAGCGUCCAAAGAAGGGACAAGCGCCCCCUUGGAGUAAGGUCCACACUUCCACUCGGGGGAAGAAAUCCUCCAAAAACUCAUCACAGUCCAGUCCGACCAGCAGCGCGUCGGACACCAGCAGCAGCGCCUCAUCCUCGGACUACUGCCGCUUAUGCAAGCAGAACGGGGAGACUCCGAGGGUGUACCUAUCUCACAAGCUCAAAUCAGACGACGGGAUAGUUUUCUGCCCCGUCCUCCGGAACUACACUUGCCCGAUCUGCGAAGCCACCGGUGACAGCGCUCACACACGCAAGUACUGCCCGCAGAUGAAGUGCGAGGCUGCUGGGAGGAUGCAGACGGUAGGCAAGUUCUGGUAGCUGCUGAAAACUGAAGCUGCGAGAAACUGUACAUAUUUACCGAACUGUUUGGGGUAUGUGUUCGUGUUGGCAGAGACCGUUUCAGUUCCAAAGACUGUUUCAAGUUUGACUGUCAAACACUCCGCUGCAGUCUGCAGCAAGGAGCUCUCAUCCAGCACAUCUGUGGAGCCCCGAGCCGGGGUGAGCGCUCUCAAA